CUGACUGACAAAUAUAAUUUUAUUUUAGACACUCACUCUGUGUGUAAUGACGAUAUAUUAACUGCCUAUAACAGUUUAAUAAAACCCCAUUUCAAAAAUCCAAAGGUAUUCCUUUACUAAGCAGCUUUCUCUUAGGUUUCCUGGAAAAUUAUUAUUUUAAAUGCAGUUUUCUGGUUAUUUAUUCCUAAACAUUGUAUAGCAGUGGCAGAUAUAGCAAGGCCAGUGCCAAAGAAACAUAAACGUGGAUUCUUUCAAGUGUUCAUCAUUUCGUUUCAUAGCUUUUCAUGUAAUUGUAAGAUAAAAAAUCAGAAUCAGCUUCAUUUGCCAAGUUUAUGCACACAAACAAGGAAUUUGACUUUGGUUCCACUUUGCUUUCUAUGAGCAAAGGGUAAGUAAAAAAAAAAUUUGUUAAUAUGUAUUUGUAUAUAUAGUGUUUUGACAAAAUAGAAUGUCAAGGUUGAAUUGGUGCAAAUAUGCAUUGUAUUGAUCUUGGCACUUAUGACUGUUAUAUGUGCACCAGAGAGACAGUCUGUGGAAAUAAACUGUCUCUGUGGUGGCUGAUUUUUGCAAGUAGCACUCUGUAGAGCUGACCUGAAGGUAAACGUUUAAACAGUUUGUGUCCAGGAUAUGUGGGUCUGCAGAGAUUUUUGUUGCCCUUUUCCUGACUCUAGAUCUGUACAAGUCUUGGAUGGAGGGAAUGUCAGCCUUGAUAAUCCUCUCUGUAGACCAAAUUGAUCUCCUAAAGGCAGACUGCUUAGAACUCUAUUAGCAAAUGACCCUUGUUUCUCAUAACAUUUAUUACCCCAUUAAACUAUUUCCUGGAUUCAUUGGUUUCAUUUGUUAGUUUAAGUGUUUUGAAACAGCUUGAUGCUCAGUUUGUAAAUCUCAUUUGUGUGAUCUCAUUUAGAGUAGCAGGGACAGUAGGUUAACAUUAUAAUUUAGAGUAAAUGAAAGUUUUUUUGCUGAGUUUUUUUUCCCCAAUCUUUCUUUAAAUUCAAAUAUCUGUUUUUAACAAAUGUCUCUCUCUCUAUGUCAGCGAAUAUUUCUCUCUGCAUCUCUCUCUAAUAUUUCUUUUCUGUCCAUCAGCAUCAACAGCAGGUGGUGCAGGCAGUGGAAAGAGCCAAGCAGGUCACCAUGGCUGAACUCAACGCCAUCAUUGGACAGCAGCUCCAGGCUCAGCACCUCUCCCAUGGCCAUGCCAUUCCAGUCCCACUCACCCCUCAUCCAGCAGGUCUGCAGCCCCCUCUGCCCCCCAGUGCCAGUACUGCCAGCCUGCUGGCUCUGUCAUCAGCGCUGAGUCACCAGCUGCCUCUCAAAGAUGAGAGAAAACACCACGAGAACAACAGUGAACACACAAGAGACAGAGACUCAGUUAAGAGUUCAUCUGUGUCUCCGUCUGCCAGUUUCCGGGCCGGAGAGAAACAUCCGAGUUCCAGCGAUUUUUCAUCCGACAGCAAGAAGCAGAAGACAGAUGACAAGGAGCUGACCUCCACCCGCUAUGAAAGUGAUGGAGAAAAGAGUGAUGACAACUUGGUAGUUGAUGUCUCCAACGAGGAUCCUACUUCUCCUCGAGGAAGUCCCGCCCACUCUCCUCGGGAGAACGGAUUGGACAAAAGUCGCCUGUUAAAGAAAGAUGUCCCCCUGAGUCCUUCCUCCAUCGCCUCCUCCAGCAGCACACCUUCAUCCAAGUCCAAAGAGAUUAAUUUGAAUGAGAAAUCUACAACACCUGUGUCUAAGUCCAGCACCCCAACAUCCCGUUCUGAGGCCCCCACACCUAGCAGCACCUCCACCCCUGGUCUCAGGCCUGCACUGAGCAAACCCACAGGAGCCGAGCUGCUGGCUUCUGGUCUUCGCACGCCGCUCGCAGUGCCCUGCUCGUACCCUGGGCCGUUCGGAAUGGUUCCUCACCCUGGCAUGAACGGAGAGCUGAGUGGAGCAGGCGCCGCCUACCCCGGCCUGCACAGCAUCUCCCCACAGAUGAGCGCAGUGGCAGCCGCUGCUGUGGCGGCAUAUGGACGCACGCAAGUGGUGGGUUUCGAUCCUCACCAUCACAUCCGGGUCCCAGGCCUUCCUCCCAACCUGUCGGGAAUUUCUGGUGGAAAACCAGCUUAUUCCUUUCAUGUGAGCGCUGAUGGACAAAUGCAGCCUGUGCCUUUUCCUCCAGAUGCUCUGAUUGGCCCUGGCAUCCCACGCCAUGCACGACAGAUCAAUACUCUUAGCCACGGAGAGGUGGUGUGUGCUGUCACCAUCAGUAACCCGACUCGUCAUGUCUACACCGGGGGCAAAGGCUGUGUGAAGGUUUGGGACAUCAGUCAUCCGGGUAACAAGACCCCUGUUUCCCAGCUGGACUGCCUUAACAGGGAUAACUACAUCCGCUCAUGUCGGCUGCUUCCGGAUGGACGAACACUAAUUGUUGGGGGCGAGGCGAGCACUUUGUCAAUUUGGGAUUUAGCUACACCAACUCCUCGGAUCAAAGCAGAGCUGACUUCAUCUGCGCCAGCGUGUUAUGCUUUGGCCAUCAGCCCUGACUCCAAAGUCUGCUUUUCCUGUUGCUCUGACGGAAACAUAGCUGUCUGGGAUCUUCACAACCAGACUUUGGUUAGGCAGUUUCAGGGCCAUACAGACGGAGCCAGUUGUAUAGACAUCUCUAAUGAUGGAACCAAACUUUGGACUGGAGGUUUGGAUAACACUGUUCGGUCCUGGGAUCUGAGAGAGGGCCGGCAGCUGCAACAACACGACUUUACUUCCCAGAUUUUCUCUCUGGGUUACUGUCCGACAGGCGAGUGGCUGGCUGUGGGGAUGGAGAACAGUAAUGUAGAGGUUCUGCACGUCUCCAAACCUGACAAAUACCAACUCCAUCUGCAUGAAAGCUGCGUGCUCUCGCUAAGAUUUGCUCACUGUGGGAAGUGGUUUGUGAGCACUGGAAAAGACAAUCUACUCAAUGCAUGGAGAACACCAUAUGGAGCCAGCAUUUUCCAGUCAAAGGAGUCAUCCUCAGUGCUGAGCUGUGACAUUUCCAUAGAUGAUAAAUACAUCGUAACAGGCUCAGGAGACAAAAAAGCAACAGUCUACGAGGUCAUCUAUUAAAAAAGCUGGACUUAAAGGUCAUCCUUUCAUCUGGGUCUAAAGUCUCCAUCAUCAGUAUAAAAUUUAGAUGAAAACAAACACUUUCUGGAACUUUGACACUUUGACCUCCUGAUUCUGGUUGGUUGCGGAUCAAAAUGAACAAAGCACAGAGAUUUUUUUAUUCUUUUAUUUUUAAGUGCCGUUAUGUUUGUGUAAGUAUAAAUUUAAUGUCCAUGUGCACUACGUGUGGAGUGGCUAAAUAACAUUCCUUUAUGUAACAUUUAAUAUAAGCGUCAAUAUUUGAUUGUUUACAGCAUUUAGACAUAUCUAGCUUUAACCUGUAGGUGGUCUGAAUGGCACUUUGUUUACAACAAGUAUUUACUGCUUAGUUAUUCUGCCUGAUUGCGCCACAGACAACUGACAGAUACUUUCAAAGGGUUUGUGAGGGGUGAGGGGAAGCAAUUAUGCACACUUGAUGUUUUGUGAGCUACUGCAGACACAGACCAGGUUUUUUGGCUUUCCAAGUAAAGAUGUGUGAAAAUACUUUAAAUGAUUAAAUCCCAUAAGAAAAUAGAAAAAUCCAACCUUUGAUAUGAGUGCAUUUAUUCAUUGGGGAAAAGAGAUGUUAAAAGUAAUUGUUAUCAAAAUCACUGGUGGCACAAGUAUUGGUUCCUCUCAUAAUAGUUUUAAAAUAAAUGUAAAUUAAGCAUUAAAAAAUUCUACUUACUCAGUUUAUUGGAACUUCUAAUUGGUAAUCCAUAACUUUGUUUCCCUGGGUAUAAAUGUGAUGUGACACAUAGGCCAGUUUCUGUUAGCCACUGGACACUAGGCUAGACGAGGAUCCAUAGUGAACUUACCAUCACACACAGUAAGCAGUAAGAUAAAUGAGGUAAAACAAAGUCUCCAACUUCUACUUUUAGAAAGCUGCAGCCAAUCAUGACAUUAUGGAGUCAUCAAGUCUCCAUAACAACCAUUAGACAAUAUCUGCCUGCUAAAUAGAUGUGUGGGAGUGAUGCCAUUAAAAUGCCUUAUGUGCCCUACCAUCACAAAUGUAAAUGUCUGGGGUUUGCUAAACUCUGCUGAGACUUUAACUGGAACCAGUUGAUUUUGUCAGAUGAGACUAUGAUUGAUCUUUUUGGCAGCAAGCACUUCAGGUGGGUUGGGCAUUAAACAUAGGAUGAAUAUGUGGAAAAGCACCCUGUGCCUACUAAGAGCAGAUAAAAGGACCCAUGACUUAUUGAUCUAGAGAGUUUGUGCAAAGAGUCAAAUCUUUCUCCCUCACUGUUACUCCCGCAUUGUGAAAUGCUAUAGGAGAAAACUAGGGUCUGUCAUAUUGGCAAGAGGAGGUUGUAUAAAGUAUUGACAGCAAGGAUACCAAUAUUUGUGAGUUUGUUAGAGACAAAUACUCAGAUUAAAGCUUGGAUUUUCUUUCUUUUCAGUGUAAAAUUAUGCUACCGCAAUAAAACAUGAAAUUAUUUUAAAGCAUUUUUCCCAUUUUAUCAUUGGUGCCAGCAAAUAAAUAUGUCUCUAUAUAAGAGGCUAAAAUGCUUUUCAAAACAUGAGCUUCAAAGGCAAUAUAUUCAUAGUUAUGAUGUUGAUGUGUUUGGUUUCCCUUCACUUUUCACUUUUAAAACUAAUUUCUUAAAUAAUUAUCAGAAAAACCUUCCAUACGUAAAAAAUACCAACAGCUAAUUUCAUUACAGUUGCAUGCAGAGGGUUGCUUUUUGUGGUAGCCGUCUUGGAAAGAUUUCCUAAUAUCUCUGAGCUCCUUCAAGGACUUGACAAAGAGAGGUGAAAUGUUGAACAAAAGGCGAGCUGACCUUGAAGAAAUAGUUUGAUAGAGCACGCUAAAGAAACACAUUAAUGCAGAGAAAAAAAAAAUCAUCAUAGCAUAAAGACUUAUAGUGUAAAGACUGGUCUGCCUAAUCCAAAAACAAGAUGUCUACUGUACAGUGGUGUGUUCUGUAUUUAAACUGUAUUAUCUGCACUCUUUAAACAAACAUAUGUAAAAAAUAAAUUUUAAACGUGCUGAAAGAUUUCUUUUUGUAUUUGACCAGAUGAGGCCUAUUAUUUACUGUUUGCUAUGGUUUUGGAUGCAGCUUAUGCUUACUGCAUUCAGUAUUUUCUGUAUUUUCUACCAGUAUUUAUUUUUAUUUUUCCUGCCAUUUCCUGUAAUUCAGCUUCAGGUUGGGAGUUCAUACACGUGUGCGUGUCUUGUGUCUAUGUUUCGAUCUUGUGGACGCUUUUUGAGCAAACUACAGGGAAGGCCCUCGGUGUCCUCACUCCUGACUGACCUUUGCACUCGGUUAUGACUCCUGGUUCGGACUCCUGUGAAUGCUCUCUUGCUCUGCUCUGAUAGUUUUUCUGUAAAACUUAUUUAUUGGUGUUUUGGAGGUCGGCCUUUUUAUUUCUGAACUUGGUUUCCUGUUCCUGGACUUUUUUGCUCUUUUUUUAUCUAAAAAAACGAACAAAAGCAGCUGAUAAAACUCAUUUUGGAUAUACUUCUGUUGGCUUUUGUAAAAAAAAAAAAAAAAAAACAGCAAGAAACAACAACACAGUGCCUUUAUGAUACUACGCUUCUUGGAUGUUUUUCCCUCUGCUGGUUGUUUGAUAGUAUUCUGAAAUGUAACCUUGUUUUAAGACUUUUGUUAUUAUAAUUUUUAAUUUAACUAAAUAUGGUUGUUCCAGUGUCAGGAAGUACAUAGAUGUAAAAGUUGUAUGCUGCAGUCUGACAUCAUUGUUUAGCCAAUUGUGAUAAAUCUUGUCUAAUUUGAGUAUUUUUAAGAAAUUUCAAAUGUUCAUCAUAGAUUUAAGCAACAUGCAAAGUUUGCUUUUAAUUUCCAGUUUUCAGUCUAUUCAGUGCAAAAACAUGUAGACUAAUAGCAGAUUAAGUCAUCAAAAUGUUGGAAAUUAUAUUAGUGGGGUGUAACUAAUGUGCAUGUCACUGAGGCAAAACAUAAAACUGAAAAAUACGACCCAAAACUUUUAUGUGAUUCAUCUGUCUUGUUUAAUCUCCUAAACAGGCCUACCUGAACUACCUGUAAGCUUUCCAUAGACAAUUAUUUCACAGUUCCAGUCAGACAUCUACAUACACUGGUCAUUCGCAUAGAUAUCAUGUUAACUUCAGGCAUUUUAAUGGUCUUUCCUAGUUCUUCUAGUGUUCAAGCAACUAUCAAUUUAAAAUUUAUAAAACUAGAAUUUCUGUGAAUUUGGAAUUCCUUGUGGAUCAUUUCUGAUGCACACAAUCUGAAAAUUAAACAUACAGGCAUACAUAUAUAUAUAUAUAUAUAUAUAUGAUGACAGUAUGCAAACUGCAGGAACUGUGCAUCAAUCUUGAAAAGAUUCACAAGUUAGUGGUAUUACCAAAUAUUUUGCAGCGUUUCUGUCGACAGUCUUCUAUAUGGACCAAUAUAUAUCAUUUGUGACUGUGUUAGGUUUACACGGUUUAUUUUCAGUACUUGCAGCAGCAAAACCUUUUAAUUAAAAUCUAAAUUUUCACUGAAUGUGCUGCUGUUCAUCAAAUCUAGUGAUUGUCUGUUGAACUGGAUUCUCUACCACUUUUAUCCUGAAAACCUGAAACAUGUUUCUGUUGUGCUUAAUGUGAAGUUCCUGAAUGUCAUCUUUCUCAUUUUAAUGCUACAUGAGUUACACAACCUCAAACACUCAUAUGCUAUAGAUUAAUGAUGUACAGAACACCUGGUUUGACUGAUCUCAUAAAGGUGUUACAACUUGACUGUAAACAUGUAAUUAUUUAAACUGAGACAGCUAAAAGAAUCCUCCUGUCACCAGUUGAGCUUAUUUUAUUUCAGUGUAAAAUGACUUUGCUCUCUUUUUUCUAGUCUGUGGUUGAUUUUAUUAAAUUAUUGUGUGAAGUAUUU